CGGCGUUUCCCCCCCCUCCCCAUGUUCACGUCGACACACGGGGCAACGAAACAGUUUUAUUUAUUUAUUUAUUUUUAUACUCGUGUGUUUGAAAUGUAUAGGAACGGAUGACGUCGCGCGUGCACUCAAGUGUCUGUGUGUGUGUGUGUGUGUGUGUGGGUGUGGGCGGGCGUGGAGGGAAAUGUCAACGUGCGGCGCGAGAGGAGGAGAAGCCUGAAGCUUGAAUCCAGUUUGUAGCUAGAGGAUAAUAUCAGUGGUGGAAAUACAACUUCAGUCCACUGCUCGCUGCUGGAAAAUGUGUGUAAUAUCCGACGAAUAAAGUUGUUACCGGUCGCUGUUAGCAGUUAGCCGAGCCCUGCAUCUUUUCACGAGCUGGAGGCGAGUUAAUUCAUCCAGCCUCUCUUCCUGGAUGUAAAGCGAAUUAACGUCAGGCAGCGACGCUUCAACAUCGGGCCACUUGUGAACCACCAGACCUCCAUUUCAGAAACUCUCAGCAACCUCCAGCAAUGAUGUAGAGCUGACAACGAUACGAUGAUGAUGAUGAUGAUGAUGAUGCAGGGCCUCGCACGGAGGUGGAGCAGCGAUUGACUCUCUCCUCCUUUUUUUCGCCACACCUUGGAUUCUAUGUCCGUCCUGAUUGGGCGGCCGUACUGCGAUGUCCUCAACCAUGCCCUCUGCGGCUCCGCCCCUUAAGAAGGGCAGGAAGCCGGACAAAUCGGAGGUGAUGACCGACUCGGUGCAGGCCACCAACGAGGAACUGAGGAGCAAAGUCCUGGACACCCAGAUUGAGCUGCAGCAAGAGCGGGGCAAGGUAUGUAAGCUCCGUGAGCGGCUCCAGGAGCAGCGGCAGGCUCGGGAGCUUGAGCAGCACAAACAUGCUGUAGCACUCACUGACCUGCGCGCCAAACUCCACGAAGAAAAGCUACGCGAGAUAGCGGCCGCCCGCGAGACCCUCGCUCGGCAGCAUGAAGUGGAGCUGGCCCGGGCCAUCAAGAUCAAGGAUGUCGAGGCGCAGAGGCUCCAGGGUCUCGUGAACGCUCUGAGAGACGGCGCAGCCGACAAGCUCAAAAACGCCCUACUCGGAGAGGCUCGGGAGGAGGCCAGGAGAGCUUUUGAUGGGGAGAGGAUAAAGCUACAGCAGGAGAUCCAGGAGCAAAAGACAGCCAGGAAGCAAGCUGAAGAGGCGCAUGCAAAUGCUCUGCAGGCCGAUAAAGCCAAAGCAGCAGAUCUCCGCACAGCCUACCAGCAGCACCAGGAUGAGGUGCAUCGCAUCAAACGUGAUUGUGAGAGAGACAUCCGCCGACUGAUGGAUGAGUUGAAGUCGAAGGACCGGGUGAUGUCUGCCCUGGAGAGGGAGCUGGGGCUGCAGGCCGGCUACGCCCAGAAGCUUCAGCUUCAGAAGGACGCUCUGGACGAGCAGCUGGGUCACGUACGAGAGGCUGAGAGGCACAACCACGGCAGCCCAAAGAGAGAGCUGGUGCCUGGGCUGGGGGACAACUCGGACCUGCUCAACAACCAGGAGGUGGAGGAGCGGGACAUGAGGAGGUUCCAGCUGAAGAUUGCGGAGCUCCACUCGGUCAUCAGGAAAUUGGAGGACAGGAAUGCGCUGCUGGCCGACGAGAGGAAUGAACUAUUGAAGCGGGUGCGAGAGGCCGAGAGCCAGAUGAAGCCCAUGUUUGAGAAGAACAAGCGUCUGUCCAAGAAGAAUGACGACCUCAUGCAAACGCUGCAACGCAUGGAGGAGAAACUGAAGAACCUGAGCCGAGACAACGCCGAGAUGCAACAAUCCAUUCAGUCGCAGCUGAGGCGGCCAAGCUCCCUGACAGACUUGAGCCAUGCCCACGAGGAACAGGAAGUGGAGUUCCUAAAGCUGCAGGUUUCGGAGCAAUGUGGCAUCAUUGACGAGCUCACGCAGGAACGUGACCGAUUGGUGAUGGGCAAAAAGAACCGGAGGAAACCUCUCAAACUGUCUAAAAGGCAUGUUGUGGAGACAUAUUUUGGAUUUGACGAGGAGUCGAUAGACUCUGAGACCUCCUCUCUGACCUCCUACAACACUGACCUCACUGACCGCACGCCUGCAACUCCAGAGGAGGAUUUGGAAGAGACCUUUUGCCGUGAAGAGUCUGAGCUUCGUUUCCGUCAGUUGACCAGAGAGUACCAGGCUCUCCAGCGGGCCUAUGCUCUUCUCCAAGAGCAGACAGGGGGCUGUCUGGAUGCUGAGAGGGAGGCCAGGACACGUGAGCAGAUGCAGAUUGAGCUCUGCAGCUGCCAGGCCAAGAUGGUCGACCUGGAGAAGGCCCUGGCCGAGAGGGGGCAGGAUUCAAAGUGGGUGGAGGAGAAGCAGUACUUGCUCAGGACCAACCAGGAACUUCGCGAGAAGAUGUGUGUGUUGCAGCGGGCGGAGUCGAAGCUGCAGGCCGAGGUUCAGGAUGCCCGGGAUCAGAAUGAGCUGCUGGAGUUCAGGGUGCUUGAACUGGAAGAGAGGGAGCGGAGAUCUCCUGCCCUCAAUCUUCACAUGUCUGCGUUCCCUGAGAACAGCAGCAGUGCCCUGCAGAGCUACUGUCGCCAGGAGGGAGUCAAGGAUGUAAUCAUUCCUGAGCUGAUGAAGAAACUGGAUAUCCUGGGGGAUAACGGGAAUCUCAGAAAUGAGGAGCAGGUAGCGGUGAUCCAAGCAGGGACAGUGAUCUCACUGUGUGAAAAGUGGUUGAAGCAGAUAGAUUGCACAGAGACCGCCCUCACACAGAAGAUGAUCGACCUGGAAAAUGAAAAGGAGCUUUUCAGCAAGCAGAAGGGAUUCCUGGAGGAAGAGUUGGACUACAGGAAGCAGGCCUUGGAUCAGUCCUACAUGAGGAUCGAGGAGCUGGAGGCCACGCUGUAUAGCGCUCUGCAGCAGGAGCAGCCGGCAUGCCAGGCGGUGGCCGAGUCGCUGACAGACAGGCAGAGGGAGGAGCUGAGGCUAGCCGUGGAAAAGCUGCGGCGUCAGAUUCUCCGGCAGAGCCGGCAGUAUGACAGUCAGAUCUUACAGGAGCGCAUGGAGCUCCUACAGCAGGCCCAGCAGAGGAUUAGAGAGCUGGAGGACAGGCUUGACUUGCAAAAGAGACAAGUAAAGGAAAUAGAGGAAAAGUUUUUGUUCCUCUUUUUGUUUUUCUCUUUAGCAUUUAUUCUUUGGCCUUAAUGAAAGUGACCGUGGACCCACAUCAGGUGUUAAGCUGCUUUGGAAGCAGGCGAGGACGAAACUAAACCUAGUUGUUUUUUAUGCAUUUGUAGACAGCUCAUGGAAACCCCAUUGCC